CGCGCGUGCGCCACCUGACUGGAAAGUCCAGUGUUGCGGUUUGUUUGGAAGGCGGCUGGGGGACGGACACGAGCGUGGACCCCGUCCGUCCAGGAAGUGACGACAGGCUGACACAAGUUUGACAAGUCCGCCGGCUCGGCUUCGGUUCGUCCAAGUUCGGCGAGUUGAGCACCGGGGCGGACCCGCCGCGCCAUGCACCUGCUGUAGCGGCCGCACUUCCGGGUUGGACUUUGUUCGCCGUCGAGGAGGGAAAAAGAUGUCCGUCAACGAGCUUUACACGACGUUCACGCGGGUGUGGAUCCCAGAUGUGGAUGAGGUGUGGAAGUCUGCAGAGAUCAUCAGAGAUUACCAGCAAGGCGAGUCGGUGCUGCACCUGAGACAGGAGGAUGGCACGCUGCUGCAGUAUCCUGUGGGUCCAAAGAGCAACCCUCUCCCGUUCCUGCGUAACCCUGACAUUCUAGUCGGCGAGAACGACCUGACCGCUCUCAGCUACCUUCACGAACCCGCCGUCCUGCACAACCUGCGAGUGCGUUUUCUGGAGUCCAACCACAUCUACACGUACUGUGGUAUCGUUCUGGUGGCCAUCAACCCGUACGAGGAGCUGCAGAUCUACGGGGAGGAGGUCAUCAACGCCUACAGCGGUCAGAACAUGGGCGACAUGGACCCGCACAUCUUCGCCGUGGCCGAAGAAGCGUACAAGCAGAUGGCGAGAGACGAGAGGAACCAGUCCAUCAUCGUGAGUGGAGAGUCUGGAGCCGGGAAGACGGUUUCUGCAAAGUACGCCAUGCGCUUCUUCGCCACAGUUGGCGGUUCAGCCAAUGACAGCAACGUGGAGGAGAAAGUCCUCGCCUCUAGUCCCAUCAUGGAGGCUAUCGGGAACGCCAAAACCACACGAAAUGACAACAGCAGUCGCUUCGGGAAGUACAUCGAAAUCGGGUUCAGCCGGAACUACCACAUCAUGGGCGCUCACAUGCGCACAUACCUGCUGGAAAAGUCGCGCGUGGUUUUCCAGGCUGAGGAUGAGCGCAAUUAUCACAUCUUCUACCAGCUGUGCGCCUGCGCCUCGGCGUCCGAGCUGCGAGACCUCAGCCUCACCAGCGCAGAAGACUUCACGUACACAUCGAUGGGAGAGAACAUCUUCAUCGAGGGUGUGAGCGACGCAGAUGACUUUAGCAAGACCAGACAGGCCUUCAGACUGCUGGGCAUCAAAGAUGCCAGCCAGACCACCAUCUUCAGGGUCCUGGCGUCAAUCCUGCAUCUGGGCAACAUCGAGAUCUGCUCCGAGAGGGACGGCGAGUCCUGCCACGUCUCGAGCGAUGACGUCCACCUGAAGCAUUUUUGCAGGCUGCUGGGUCUCGAGCCUCAGCAGAUGGAGCACUGGCUAUGCCACAGGAAGCUGGUCACAGCAUCCGAGACGUACGUCAAGAACAUGUCGAGCAAGCAGGCCACCAACGCCCGCGACGCCCUAGCCAAGCACAUCUACGCCGGCAUGUUCGAAUGGAUCGUGGCGCACAUUAACGUGGCGCUGCGCACGUCCUCCAAGCAGCACUCCUUCAUCGGCGUCCUGGACAUCUACGGGUUCGAGACAUUUGAGGUGAACAGCUUUGAGCAGUUCUGCAUCAACUACGCUAACGAGAAACUGCAGCAGCAGUUCAACUCGCACGUCUUCAAGUUGGAGCAGGAGGAGUACAUGAAGGAACAGAUCCCCUGGACCCUCAUCGACUUCCACGACAACCAGCCCUGCAUCGACUUGAUCGAGGCGCGACUCGGCGUGCUGGACCUGCUGGAUGAGGAGUGCAAAGUGCCCAAAGGAACGGAUCAGAACUGGGCCCAGAAGCUCUAUAAGCAGCAUGCCGGCAGCGCGCACUUCCAGAAACCUCGGAUGUCCAACUCCUCCUUCGUCAUCAUCCACUUUGCUGACAAGGUGGCGUACGAGUGCGACGGCUUCCUGGAGAAGAACCGAGACACCGUGUACGACGAGCAGAUCAACAUCCUGAAGGCCAGUCAGGUUCAGCUGGUCGCCGACCUCUUCAGCAACAAGGACGGUGAUCCCCCCCCCAAAACAUCCAGAGUGCACGUGCGUGCUGCCAAGUCGGCCCCCAAAGCCCCCAACAAGGAGCACAGAAAAACUGUUGGCCUGCAAUUCCGUAGCUCUUUGCAUCUUCUCAUGGAGACACUCAACGCCACCACGCCUCACUACGUGCGCUGCAUCAAACCCAACGACUACAAGGAGGCCUUCUCGUUCGACUCGCGGCGAGCUGUGCAGCAGCUGCGAGCGUGUGGCGUCCUGGAGACCAUCCGCAUCAGCGCAGCCGGAUACCCGUCCAGGUGGACAUACAGUGACUUCUUCAGUAGGUAUCGUGUCUUAAUGGACAAGUCGGACGUGUUGUGUGCAGACAGGAAGUUGGUGUGUAAGAAGCUUCUGGAGACGCUGAUCAAGGACGGAGACAUGUUCCAGUUUGGAAAGACCAAGAUCUUCUUCCGGGCCGGCCAGGUGGCCUACUUGGAGAAGCUGCGUGCCGACAAGUUCCGCGCCGCCUGCAUUCUGAUCCAGAAGACGGUGCGCGGAUGGCUGCAGCGUGUCCAAUACCAGAAGAUUCGCAAGUCUGUCAUCUUGUUGCAGCGAUACGGGCGAGGCUACCUGGCGCGCAGGUACGCUGAAUAUUUGCGACUGACACGCGCUGCCAUCAUCUGUCAGAAGAAUUAUCGCAUGGCCAGGGAGCGCCGCGCCUUCGUCACGGUGCGCCAGGCUGCCGUCGUCAUCCAGGCGUAUGCCCGAGGGAUGUUCACCCGCCGCAUCUACCAGGAGUUUGUGCUGCACCACAAAGCCAUGAUCAUCCAGAGGAACGUACGCAGCUGGCUGCAGAGGGCCAAGUUCAGACACAUGCGCCACGCCGCCAUCGUGCUCCAGUGCGCCUUCAGGCGCGUUCGUGCACAACGCCUCUUCAAGGAGCUAAAGACAGACACGGGAUCGGCCGAGCGUCUGAAGAAGCUGGACGUGGGCAUGGAGAAUAAGAUCGUGCAGCUGCAGAGGAAGAUGGACGACCAGGGUAAAGAGUACCGCGCUCAGAACGAGCAGCUGCUGCAGGCCAACACCACGCUGGGCUCGGAGCUGAGCCGCCUCCAGAAGCAGCUGCAGCAAGCCCGCAGCCAGCAGGGCGACGCCACUCAGCUGAGCGUGCUGCAGGCGGAGCUGGAGAGACUGCGGGCGGAGCUUGUCCAGGCCGAGGCCCAGAGGAGCAGGCUGGAGGAGGACCACCGCAUUGAGAAACAGGGUCUGACCGAGAGGGUGGCCGAGCUGGAGAAGGAAAACUCGCUGCUGAAGAGCGAAAAGGAAGAAUUGAACCUGAAGAUUCGACAACAGUUGUCCCGCGCCGCAGAGGAUGCAGGAAGUGCAUUGCUGCGUGCAGAGAUGGAUGCGGAGCGGCGUCGCUACCAGAAUCUUCUGAAGGAAUAUUCCAGACUGGAGCAGAGAUAUGAAAACUUGAAGGAGGAAGUCUCUUUGACCAAGUUCCAGCCGGGCCACCACCGGAAACCAUCCAACCAGAACAGCCAGGAGUCCGACUCCAACUACACGUCCAUCUCCACGUCGGAGGUGGGAGACGGCGAGGACGCCAUCCAGCUGGUGGAGGAAAUGGGCGUGGACAAGGCGGCCAUGGACAUCAGCGUCUUCGUCAAGCUGCAGAAGCGAGUUAGAGAGCUGGAAAACGAGAGGAAGCGACUGCAAGCCAACGUGGACAGGAUGGAAGCGCUCUCCAGACAGCAGGGGUCAGAUGUCAGGAGUCCCACUGCUGAGCAACAAGCGGCAGAUUUGGCGUACAACAACCUGAAGCGACAAGAGUUGGAGUCGGAGAACAAAAAGCUGAAGAAUGAUCUGAACGAGUUGCGCCGCAGCGUCGCAGAUCGCGACUCGUCGGAGGACCUUCAGGGCGGGUACAACCUGCUGCUGAGUCAGCUUCGAGCCGCCACGGAGGAGCUGGAUGCCCGCAAGGAGGAAGUUCUCAUUCUCAGGACCCAAAUCGUCAGCGCCGUGGAGCAGCGAGAGAAGAACCACCAUCUUGAGGAUCAGGAUGUGAUUGACGACAGCAGCUCGCCGAUGGACAAAGACGAGGCACUCAGAGCUUAUCGGGGCCUAAACGAGUCCAACAAGCUACUCGAGGCGGAGCUUCAGUCACAGACCCGCCAACACGGCGAUGAGCUGGAGGCGCUGCACACGCAGAUUGAGCUGCUGAAGGACGACAUCGAGAAGAAGCAGGAGAUGCUCACCUACACCACGUCGUUGUCGCCCGAGGCCCUGCUGGAGUACAGCGUGCAGCUGGAGAUCACCCGACUCACCAAUGACAACCUGGACCUCAAGGAGCUGGUGGAGAAACUGGAGAAAAACGAGCGCAAGCUGAAGAAGCAGCUGAGGAUCUACAUGAAGAAGGUCCAGGAGCUAGAAGGUAACGAGGUCACGUGGCGAAAGCAGGCCCCCCAUUGCGUCCUCACAAUGACAAUGUCGUUAGUCUCUCACAGCGGCCGCGCCAAAGCGGAGUUGGGCCGCCAGGUGACGCUGCAGCGCAAGGAGAAGGACUUUGAGGGCAUGUUGGAGUACCGCAAGGACGACGAGGCCCAGCUCAUCAAGACGCUCAUCACAGACAUGAGACCCGACGACGUGUCUGGGACGGUCCCGUGCCUGCCGGCGUACGUCCUCUUCAUGUGCGUCCGCCACGCCGACUACAUCAACGCCGACCACAAAGUGGAGUCUCUGCUGACCGCCAGCAUCAACGCCAUUAAGCGCGUCCUCAAGAGGAACGACGACUUUGACACGACCUCCUUCUGGCUCGCCAACACCAGCCGCCUCCUCCAUUGCCUCAAGCAGUACAGUGGCGACGAGGCGUUCAUGGUCCACAACACAGCCAAACAGAACGAACACUGUCUGAAGAACUUUGACCUGACCGAGUACCGCCAGGUUCUGAGCGACUUGUCCAUCCAGAUCUACCAGCAGCUGGUCCGCGUGGGCGAGGCUGUCAUCCAGCCGAUGAUUGUGUCGGCCAUGUUGGAGAGCGAGAGCAUCCCCAGCCUGGCGGGUGUCAAGCCCAUGGGUUACCGGAACCGCUCGUCCAGCGUGGACAACGACGGCGACGGGCCCGGCGGUUACACACUGAAGGCGCUGAUUCGUCAGCUGGGCCAGUUCCACGGCGUCAUGCGGGACCACGGUCUAGACCCCGAGAUCGUGGGCCAGGUGGUCCGUCAACUCUUCCACUGCGUCAACGCCAUCACGCUCAACAACUUGCUGCUCCGCAAGGACGUGUGCUCCUGGAGCACUGGCAUGCAGCUCAGGUACAACACAAGCCAGAUGGAGGAGUGGCUCCGAGCCAACAACCUGUACCAGAGUCAGGCCGCCGCCACACUGGAGCCCAUCAUCCAGGCAGCCCAGCUGCUGCAGGUCAAGAAGAAGACGUCGCAGGACGCCGACGCCAUCUGCUCGCUCUGCACCGCCCUCAACUCCCAGCAGAUCGUGAAGAUCCUCAACCUGUACACGCCCCUCAACGAGUUUGAGGAGCGCGUCACUGUGUCCUUCAUCAGGAACAUCCAAAACCGCCUCCAGGAGCGCAACGACCCACCGCAGCUCCUGCUGGACACCAAGCAGACGUUUCCCGUCCUCUUCCCAUACGCACCCUCCGCCCUUAGCCUGGAGACGCUGCACAUUCCCGCCUCUCUUGGCCUCGACUUCCUCAUCCGCGUCUGACCUCUGACCUUUUUAGCGGCACCCCCCCCAGGAGGAGGGGCUUGAGGUUUUAUUGAUGGUCACAUGACUUGUACAAAUAAAAAUAUUUAUAUAGAAUCUUCUUCUCGUCAGUGGUCCAGGACCUGCAGCCAGGUCCGACUUUGACACUGAAAUGUGAUCCCGAUCUCGCCGUCGUGCACAGAAACUCCAACAAGCGUCAACAAAAGACGCUUUCUCCGUCAAAUAAGUCAUUUUUGAAAAAAACAUUUGGAUUGAAUGCAAAACCCCGCCUAUGCUAGCUGGCAAUAUAAUUAGCAUAGAUGCAAAUGUGCUAGUCAGUUAGCAUCGCGGUAGCUGUCACUAUGCAAUCCGUACCAGAAAUGCGAUCGGUUGUGCGCAUGCGUGAAAGCUACGUCACUUCCUUCUUUCACGAAUGUUUAAUGCCGUAAAAUAGAUGAACAGAUGACGUAGAUUACUAGCGUAGUACAGAUCUGCUUGUCUCACGCGUGACUGCUGAAAAGUAGGCCGCCACAUGUAGACGCGUUCUGCACGUGUGGAGAACCGAUCGUGUAUUUCAACACGGCCGACGUCGCUUCCUGUCUACAGGCAGAAAUGAGCAGAGGCGAGAUGAUGUCAUCCAUAUUUAAUGAGUUGAGUUGUAAGCUCACAGCUUCCAGGCGUUCCUCAUCAUCAGGAUGAAGAAAACGUCGUUAUCGAUGGAGGCGCUGACGCCGCAGUAAUAGUUGAUGAACUCCUCCUGCGUCACCUGAGAUUUGAAGGAAACGUCUGAGCUCAGUGGUUCUUCAUUUGACUUUUUUUUUUUAUCCUCAUCCUCAACGUGCCAAAACCAAUGAGACCGAGAUGGGGGCGGAGCUUGGCCGACCUUCCAGCUCAUUAGCCUACCUUAUGUGAUGUCAUAUGGACGACAUCAUGGGAACUCUUACCUUGCCAUCUUUAUCGUACGGAGAAUCAAAGUUGUCCAGGAACGUCCUGAAGACCUGCUCCUCCGUCCAUUCCCCGUUCUGGUACUUGGGGUGGUACUUGGCGUCGUAAACCCCCCUCAGGUCUUCGAUAGUGAUCACGCCAUCACCUGUCUUGUCCAGUUUGCGGAAGGCCUGCAUGACCACCUCCUUGCGGGCCUUGGACAUGGCGGGCUGUGGCGAACACACAACCAGGUCAGGAACGCGCCACUAAAGUGCACAUGCUAACCUUUGUUUACCCUCAGCGUCACCAGGAACUCAUCAAAGUCGAUGGUUCCGCUGCCGUCACGGUCGAAAUGCUGAAAGACGGCGGCGGCUUCCUGUUUGUCCAUCAGGAUACCGUAGUCGUUGACCCCCUUCAGGAACUCUUUCAAGUCCAGCGAGCGGUUCUUGUCGUCGUCCAUGAUCCUGAAGACUCUGGUGGGGAAAGCUCAGGUUGUCCACUGCUAGCUAGCUGUUGCUCAUGCUAAGCUAGCACAUGUCUACAACUACUGGCAUGGACUACAUCUACUAGAUUGGUAUGGUCAUGGUCUAGAAAUGUGUAUGUGUUCUACAAUGAACUGUAUGUUCUAGAAUGGGCUACAUUGUGUAGGAUGGACCACAUAUUCUAGAAUGGGCCGCAGUGUUCUAGUAGGAACUACGUUUUCUAAAAUGGACUGCAUGUCCUCUAAUAGUCUACAUUUUGUAGGAUGGUAUAGCCAUGGUCUAGAAUAGUCUAGAAGAGCUACAUUGUGUAGGAUGGUAGUAUUCCAGAAUGGUCCACAGUGUACUAGGAGGGACUGCAUGUUCUACAAUGGUCUAUGUGUAACCCACCCUGUUUCGCACUGCCUGCACCGGGGCUUGAACACAGGACCUUCGUAAUGGGAGGUGAGGGCGCUGACCACGCGACUAAAAGGCUGGACUUUUGGCCACGUGUUCAGCGUAGGUCUUGAGGCAGAGGGAGUGAGGUUUACCAACGUAUACUCGCACAGCCUCACAGGCUGGCAUCCGUUACAUAUGUAUUCUAGAAUGGUCCACUGUCCUACGAGGGGCUACAUGUUCUAAAAUGGACUGCAUGUUCUCUAAUCGUCCACAUGUACUAGAAUGGUCUACGUUUUGUAGGGUGGUAUAGCCGUGUUCCAGAAUGUACUAGAAUGGGCUUUGUGAGACCCACCGGCCGAGUCCUUUGAUCCCAGCAGAUCCCCUGGCCAGGCACUGGAGGCGGAGUCUUUCUACCGGGUCAGAAGAAGCUGACAGUCGCCGCUUGGCGUUCAGCGCCAUCUCUCGGUCGUGUCUCGAAGUCCCCGCCAUCUGCGACGUCACGACAAAGCAAACGUAUUUAGCCCCGCCCCUUGGGCGUCGUACACAACAGGAAAUGUUCCAUUUUCAACAGGAAGGCAUUAAAACGUCAUGUUUUCGAGUAGUUACUGGGAUUUACUAAAUCAGUGAAUAGGGCCGGAACCUGUCGACCAGCCGUCAGUGGGGUUUUUUUCCCUUCUGGUUCUAGAAUAUUUCCGCUGGUUCCCUGCCGGGGACCCCCCACCCCCUCCCGAGCGUUCGCACCUCACGUGACGUAUAGAUUAGCCGGGCCUCGGUGACGGGGGACCCACCUGAGCUUCACGAGGACCAAGGUUCAAAGUUGAAAUAAGCGACGAGGACCCGCUCGGUGCGGAAGGACCUCCCCCAAGCUGGCCGCCGUCGCCGUGGAGACCGGCUCAUCUAUCGCCUGAUUGGCUAUCAUUCAUCAGCAUUGUACACACAUUGGUGGAGUUGUAGACGCACACAAUAAACUUGUAAGAACUUUUAAUGACAGACAGGAAGUAUAAAUAUGUCACUUUCAUUCACGCUGCAACACUUUGAUCAAGGGGGCAGCACAGCACAUCUUCACGGGCUUGUCCUUACUGCCCUCUGGCGGGCAAAGUGCCGCCCUUCACCCACACGUGACAAGUGACAGACGUGCUUCAUCACCAGGCGGUCCAUGCGUUCCCGUGGAGGGGAGGGGGAGGUGAAAGCACUCAUGAAGUCGAGGAUGGGAGACACCUUCCCUGUUAGACGUCAUCAAAUAUCCGACUGCGAGACGACGACAUGGACAGGUAGCGUCCUCCCGCGUGUCUGAAGGACAACAACGCUGCGCUCAGACACACCACCACGUCAAGUUGCUGACUGCUUGCUUACCUGCCACACUCUGGGUCCGCCACUUCGUCCGUCAAAGAAUCGGCGUUGAAGUCCAGAGGCUCGGCGUCCUGGAGCAACUCCACCCGAUCGCGCUCCGCACGACCGCCGGCGCGCGAAUACUUGACCUCUACACGACCAUCACAACAACAACAACAACAACAACAACUGUUCAGCUAGCAGAACGUGCUACAUGUUAAUUAUGCUAAUGUUUAUGCUGACGUCUGUCAUUAGCGUCGCUCUCCUUGGCGUCGUGUUUGGUCCUGCUCCUCGCGCUCUGAUCCUCCCUCUGAUUUCCGUAGCGCUCCUUCCACUCCUGCAAGAGUCCACAUGUGGUCACACUGAAGGUCACAGCGAGGAAGGUGAACUCACUCGCCGCCUGUUCUCGCCGUCCUCCGUCCUUUGGCGCUUUCGUUUCUCUGUGAGCG